UUUCUUACACUUUAAGUUCACUAAACGUCUCCUAUUCAUUCUGUGCUCCAUAGAACUGUAAAUCCAAACCAAGAAGUAUGAAGGCAGUCGCCAUUUUGGCGUUUUCUUUGUUAGUGACUUUAGCUAGCGCUCAAGGAAAUUAUAAGAAAGUCUGUUACUUUGCCAACUGGGCUUUUUAUCGCAAUGGGAUGGGCCAAUACGGUGUCGACAAGCUGGACCCAUUUGAAUGUACCCAUAUGAUCUAUGGUUUUGCCGUUCUUGACGGUACUACUUACGAGAUGAAAGUUUACGAUUCCUGGGUUGACAUCGACCUUGGUGGCUACCAGACGUUCACUUCAUUAAAGACAAGAAAUCCUGCCCUUAAGACUUUGAUUGCUCUUGGUGGCUGGAACGAUUCGGCGUUUAGCACCCAGUAUUCCGAACUGGUAUCAGAUCCUGCUAAGAUGGCAAACUUUGUCGAAAAAGCUGUCAUUUUCAUUCGUCAGUACAACUUUGAUGGUCUCGAUUUCGAUUGGGAAUAUCCUGGCGAUCCGGGAAAACCUGAAGAUAAAGAAAAUUUCAUUACACUUCUAAGACUACUCCGUGAAGCUUUCGAACCAUACAACUUACUUUUAACCAUGGCACCUUCCUGCAGUCCGGCACGAGCUGAAGUCAGCUACAAUAUUCCAGCUCUUGCUGAAGUAGUGGACUUUGUGAAUUUCAUGGCAUACGAUAUCCAUGGUGCGUGGGAAAACACUGUUGAUCACCACGCCCCGCUUUACCGUCGCGAUUUCGAGCAAGGAAUGGACAAUGCUGUUAUUGUAGCUGAAGCAAUUGACUAUUGGUUGGAUCACGGCAUGCCUCCUGAGAAAUUGAUCAUGGGAUUGCCAAGCUAUGGUCGCUCAUUUAGACUAGCUGACCCAAGUCAAACGGCUCUAUUAUCACCGGCUAUUGGCGCUGGUCCUCAGGGGCCAUACACAGGACAAGAUGGAUUCGUUUCCUUGUACGAGAUGUGCACGAAUCAACAGAACGGCUGGACGGUAGUCACGGAUCCUACAGGAGCGAUGGGUCCUUAUUCGUUUAGCGAUAUAUCCUGGGUGGCAUGGGAUGAUAUUGAUAUGACCAUCGCGAAAGUAAAAUAUGCUAUGAGCAAAGGACUUGGUGGAAUAAUGUUCUGGGAACUGAGCUUAGAUGAUUUCUUGGGCGUCUGCAACAUGGGUCCACGUCCAUUCUCGAAUGCUAUUACUGCAACGCUAGAAGGACGACCAUUCAAUACCGCCACUCCAGCACCUACAGGAAAACCACCGACAACGUCUCCACCUAUAACGUGCACAAAUCACGGUGAAUAUUAUGCUGACCCAUCCGAUUGCAGAAAAUACUAUCAAUGCAUUUACGGAGUUAUAGAGGUGCGCUACUGCCCAACUAGUCUUGCGUUCAACUCCAACAUUGACCAAUGCGACUGGCCUUACAACGUACCCGGUUGCUUCUAAAACUUCCUAAUAAUUGAAGUCUGCCCUGUGAUUACUUUUCAAUUUUCCUGUAAUCACCUAUAAGCAUUCUAUUACAAUGUUGAAAAGGGCAUAAUUAAAUCUAAUAGAAAAAUUA